AUGGCGUCCCCAGCUCCUCUCAAGCCCAAGUCUGUGGCUCAGAUUCAAACCGCUGAAUCAGACUCAAGUCGUGGCCCUUCUCCCCAGCCCACCCACGUCAGCGUCCCUCCUGUCCCUCUCAGCUUGAGAAAUGGACACCGAGUUCUGCGCUCUGCCACCGUCGGCUACGUUGCUCCCCAGUUCGAGGGAAAGACGGAGCAGAUCAAGGCUGUCAAGGCCAUCAUCCAGGGCGGUGGCUGGCUCCCCGAUGCUCUGAUUGAUGAGCAGAUUGCGUGGUUCUACGAAAAGCUCGGCAUCGAUGAUGUCUACUUCCACAUUGAGACCCCCGAGGUCAUUGCCAACCAGAUUACCUCUCUCUAUGCAGCCAAGGUUGCCGCCCACUCAAGAGAGGACAAGCAGGAGGAGAUCCGCCUGGAUAUGGAGGCCAACGACCACGCCAUCUACAUCGACACCAGCGAGCCCGGCAAGGGCCACGUCGGCGGACCACGAUAUGAGUCCCGCCUCGAGUCCAAGUACCUGGACCACCAGGGCAAGAGCAAGUACCGUGUCGAGACCUUCCGCUCACCGGCUGCUAUUGGCGCCAGCCCCAACUCCAAGGCUACUGUCCGCUGCUACUUCGUGUACCAGUGCCACUUCAAGCAGAGCCCCGAGUCUACCGACCCCAAGGAGACCAGAAUCGAGGUCAUCUCCGAUGUUGGUUUCUGGCAAAAGGCCACCGCCAACACCAAGCAGGUGUACCAGGAGAUUAUCGAGCUCGCCGUCAACCGAGCCGGCCCCGUCAUUGAGGUCUUUGACAUUGAGGGCUCCGCCGAGAAGCGUCUGGUUGUUGCUUUCCGCAGCCGCACUGCCCGAGGCAUCUUCUCGACCCUCAGCGACCUGUACCACUACUAUGGCGUCACCAGCUCAAGAAAGUACGUCGAGCAGUUCUCCAACGGUAUCACCGUCAUGAGUGUCUACCUCCGCCCCGCUUCCAACCUCGAGGGCUACUUCCCUUCCAUCGAUGCAUCCAUCCACCAGAUCACCAAGGAGAUCUCUCUCCUCUACUGCUUGCCCCAGAACAAGUUCCACCACCUGUUUGCCACUGGCGAGCUGAGCCUGCAGGAGUCUGUCUACGCCCACAGCGCCUGGGUAUUUGUUCAGCACUUCUUGAACCGUCUCGGUCCCGAGUAUGCUUCUCUUUCUGAGAUCCUGGACUCCAAGCAGAACGCCCAUGCGGCUCUGCUGUCCAAGCUCAAGCGACGUCUGCGUACCGAGACCUUCACCCCCGACUACAUCCUCGAGAUCAUCCAGUCGUACCCUGAGCUUGUUCGUCUGCUCUACGCCGCCUUUGCCAACGUGCACCUCGGUGCGGCCAAGGACCCUGACGUCGUCUUGGCCACGCCUGCUGUGGAGGUCAUGUCUGACGAGAAGCUCCGGGACAAGAUCUCCAAGACGGUCUCCAACGAGCACGACGAGAUGGUCAUGACCGCCUUCCGUGUCUUCAACAACGCCAUCCUCAAGACCAACUACUUCACCCCCACCAAGGUCGCCCUCAGCUUCCGCCUGGACCCCUCUUUCUUGCCCGAGGCUGAGUACCCCAAGCCUCUGUACGGCAUGUUCUUGGUCAUUGGUGCCGAGUCUCGUGGUUUCCACCUCCGUUUCCGAGACAUCUCUCGUGGCGGUAUCCGUAUCGUCAAGUCCCGCAGCAAGGAGGCGUACGGCAUCAACGCCCGUAACCUCUUUGACGAGAACUACGGCCUUGCCAGCACCCAGCAGCGCAAGAACAAGGACAUUCCCGAGGGUGGAUCCAAGGGUGUUAUCCUCCUGGACCCCAAGCAGCAGGACAAGGCCACCGAGGCGUUUGAGAAGUACAUUGAUAGUAUCUUGGAUCUUCUCCUGCCCGCGGAGACCCCUGGAAUCAAGAACCCCAUCGUCGACCUGUACGGCAAGGAGGAGAUCCUGUUCAUGGGUCCCGACGAGAACACGGCCGACCUGGUCGACUGGGCCACCGAGCACGCCAAGGCCCGUGGUGCCCCCUGGUGGAAGUCCUUCUUCACCGGCAAGUCUCCCAAGCUCGGUGGUAUCCCCCACGACAAGUACGGCAUGACCACCUUGUCCGUGCGCGAGUACGUCAAGGGCAUCUACCGCAAGCUCGAGCUGGACCCCUCUCAGGUCCGCAAGAUGCAGACUGGUGGCCCCGACGGCGACUUGGGCAGCAACGAAAUCCUUCUCAGCAACGAGAAGUACACUGCCAUUGUCGACGGCUCCGGUGUGUUGGCCGACCCCAACGGCCUGGACAAGGACGAGCUCAUUCGCCUGGCCCGAAAGCGUGCCAUGAUCAUCGAGUACGACAUGUCCAAGCUGUCCAAGGACGGAUACCGCGUCCUUUGCGAGGAGAACAACGUCACGCUGCCGAGCGGAGAGGUUGUCAACAACGGCACUUCGUUCCGCAACACGUACCACCUGCGUGAGAACAACACCACCGACUCCUUUGUGCCUUGCGGUGGCCGACCCGAGUCCAUCGAUCUCAUUUCGGUCAACAGACUCAUCAAGGACGGCAAGAGCAUCAUCCCCUACAUUGUCGAAGGUGCCAACCUGUUCAUCAGCCAGGAUGCUAAGCUCCGACUGGAGGAUGCCGGCUGCAUUCUCUACAAGGAUGCUUCUGCCAACAAGGGAGGUGUUACCUCUUCCUCCCUGGAAGUCUUGGCCUCUCUGUCAUUCGACACUGAGGGUUUCAUCGAGCACAUGUGCGUCGACCACAAGACCGGAAAGGCCCCCCAGUUCUACAACGACUACGUCCGCGAAGUCCAGGCCAAGAUCCAGGAGAACGCCCGCCUCGAGUUUGAGGCCAUCUGGCGCGAGCACGAGCAGACUGGCAUUUCCCGGUCUGUCCUGUCCGACAAACUGUCUGUGGCCAUUACCGACCUCGACGAGAAGCUGCAGCACUCUGACCUGUGGGACAACGAGAACAUCCGCAAGGGUGUCUUGAGGAACGCGCUCCCCAAGCUGCUGCUCGACAAGAUUGGCCUCGAUGUCAUCAUCUCCCGCGUACCGGAGAACUACCUGCGCGCCAUCUUUGGCAGCUACCUGGCCAGCCGAUUCGUCUACGAGUUUGGCAGCCAGCCUAGCCAGUUUGCCUUCUUUGACUUGUAA